CUCAAGUAAGAUCCAAACAUUGAUCUGGAUUUAUCCCCUCUCAACAUCACUAUCCCCGCCCGUCACUUGCAAUAAUUGUUAUUGAUAUACGUGCAAUUGUACUCGCGCAUUCUUCAAUUUCAAUCCUUCAGUUGCCCCUAUUGCUCUGGUAUUUUUCUAUUGCACCUGCUUCUGUCGCGCGUGCUUUUGCGACACAUUUCAUUCACGAUCGUUGACACAAGUGACCAUGCCACCACGCGCGCGCGCAAAGCCUGUAGCAGGCCUUGCUGGAUUCGUGGCUUCAGAUUCAGAACCCGAUCUGGAUAUGUUCGAUAAAUCUGAGCUUCAAGCAGCCGUGCGCACCAUGAGCACAACGAAGAAGCCCCGCGGUCGACCACCAGGAACGGCCAGCAAGGUUACUAAAACAGCACCUCGAACGACGCGUCGAAACAGCGCCGAUAAGUUCGCACCUGUACCUGAAGCAAUAGCGCAACCGGCCACUACGAGCAAAAUCAAUGGUGGUGUCACGAAGGGGGGGCGCAGGGCCAAACAAGCUCCAGACGAAACAGUCACAUUUGAAGACAUUGGAAUUCCUGCAAGUGUCCCUGCGACCGAGACGAAGAAGGGGUCGCGAGGGCGCCCAAAGAAAUUGAACGGCAACAUCUCGAUACUGGCUCCGGAAAGUGCUGUCAAGCGACGUGGUCGACCCCCGCGACAACCAACCACACCGAUUGAGGAGAUUCCGGAAACGCAAGCAGAAGACGUGAUGGAACUUGACGCCGUACCGGAAGAAGACGAAGAUCAAGACUCUGGUGCGGGACCGACUGAGCCCUUGGAGUCAUGGUCUAGCUAUGAUACCAGUGACGUCGCAUUACGGAGAAGGCUAGGGGAACUCACUAAAAAGUACGAGGCCCUCGAGAUGCGCCAUCGGGAUCUACGUGAGGUUGGUGUUCGGGAAGCUGAGCGGAAUUUCGAUCGGCUUAAGAAGCAAGCUGAAGAGCGAACAGCGGCCGCUACACAGCUUAUAUCCGAGCUUAAGGCUGAGCUUGCUGCACAGACUGCACUGGCUAAGGAGGGUGAAGAGCUUCGAAAGCAACUAGAAGCCAGCGAAGUCAAGGCUGAGAAUCUAGAGGGCAACAUUGAGAGCCUGAACAACUCUUUAUCCGAAGCCGAGGCAGAAAUUAAAACUCUUUCAACCAAAUUGGCUGCUGUGAGGUCGGGGAACGCCAACCCCAGAGUUCCAGGAAGCGCUAUCCAAGCCUCUGGGCCAGCAAAUCGUACAGCACAGGCGGAGGCUGCUCAUGCUGCACAAGCCAUUUCACAAGCCAAGGAAAACCUGUACGCUGAUAUGACAGGCUUGAUUAUGCGUGGCGUAAAGCAAGAAGACAUCGGAGAUACCUUCGAUUGCAUACAGACUGGGCGCAAUGGCACCCUUCAUUUCAAACUUACCGUGGACAACGACGACACUUCGGAUAACAUCGAGGAUGUACAAUUCACAUACCAACCACAGCUCGACGCUGGGCGUGAUGUCGAGUUGAUGGAAAUGCUCCCAGACUAUCUCACGGAGGAAAUCGUCUUCCCGCGAUCCCAAGCGCCCAAAUUCUACUUGAGGGUCAGCAAAUCUUUGGCAGAGGACCUGUCCAGGCAGUAGAAUAUUUUAAUUUUCGUUGUUGCGGUAGGAUGUGUAUGUUGCUAGUGAUACCCAAGACUUAUUUCAGCGUUAUGCGUUCAGCGUCAUGCAUGUACGAGCAAGCAGCUGGGAACAACAGCUUAAUGAGGAUAGAUUAGUGAUGACUCUAGAUAGAGGAUCUGGUUAUUGUAUGGAUGUCAAUGAGAACC